UUCCGUCCGGGCCUUGAGGAGGCGGCAUGGAAGCGGAGGCAGCUUCCUCGGCGGCUGUGGGCGGCUGGCGCGCGGUGUCCGCAGAGGAGACUGCGAAGUGGAUGGAGGAGGCCAUGCGCAUGGCCAAAGAAGCCCUCAGAAACACUGAAGUUCCUGUUGGCUGCCUUAUGGUUUAUAACAAUGAAGUCGUGGGGAAGGGAAGAAAUGAAGUUAAUGAAACAAAAAAUGCCACUCGACAUGCAGAAAUGGUGGCCAUCGACCAGGUCCUAGACUGGUGUCACCAAAAUGACCAGAGUCCUUCCUCAGUCUUUGAGCACACCGUGUUGUAUGUCACCGUGGAGCCAUGCAUUAUGUGUGCGGCUGCUCUCCGCCUGAUGAAAAUCCCAUUGGUUAUCUAUGGCUGUCAGAAUGAGCGAUUUGGUGGCUGCGGCUCUGUUCUAGACAUUGCUUCUGCUGACUUACCGAAUACUGGGAGACCAUUUCAGUGCAUUCCUGGAUACCGGGCCGAGGAAGCCGUGGAGCUGUUGAAGACCUUCUACAAACAGGAGAAUCCAAAUGCACCAAAAUCGAAAGUUCGGAAAAAGGAAUGUCAGAAACCCUGAACUUUGUCUGAUGAAAGACCUGUGUCUCAGUGACCUGGACAGUGUUCCUGGACUGCAGGCUGUUGACAUCGAUGAAUCAUGUGUUUAUAUGUUGUCGCUCUGUGGGUAAAUGGUGUCUCUCAUCAUUUGCUAUGUUAAGGGGACAAAUUAGCACUUCUUAAAAGUCUGACAAUUGUAAACAACUAUUAGCUUUUCCCCAAGCUGAGAGCACAUUUUCAGAAGGGGAAAAAUUAAGGCUUGAGGCUUCAGAAAUUAGAAACAGUGCAUGCCCUUCAGCCGCAGCUGUGCCCCGCCAGGACAGUGCUGGCUCCCCAGGGGACAUGUCCAGAUCCAUGCCCUUCCUGAGCCUGGGCAGAGUGCAGAUGCUUUCUCCAGGGUGGGCCCUCAGCACGGAGCCUCAGUGUUUACAGCCCCAUGUUCCCGCGGGGCACUGGGGACCUGGCUUCUUUCUAGGUUUUAUGAGUUGUGUGCACACAACCGUGAUCAUGUGGUCCUUAGCGCUGAUCUUUUGCUUUUAUAAAGCAUUUAAGAAAAUGAAUACUUCUAAAGCAAGUGCUUUUGAGUCAUUUUUUAUUUGUAGCAUAUUGCUAUAAUAAAGUCCUAUUUAUGUCUUCUUUGAAGAGGAACAGUCUUUAAAAGAUAAAAGCAUAAAUGGAAAAAUUCCUCAUUAUUGACCAAUUAUUUUGUGUGAGGGGCCCUUUGUACCCUGGAACAAAAUAAAGAAUCCUGCAGGUCCUCAUAAAGCUUGUCUCCCAGACACAGAGGACAGAUGAAGAGUGUAGCUGACUUAUGCACUUUGCUAGAAAGUGCUAAGAGUUACAGCAAAAGAAACGGGGCCUGGGUUGAAGGAGAUGGGGGUGCCACUUGGUAGUAGGAGUGCUCCUUGGUACAAUAGUAUGAUCAGUUUGACCUAAAUAGCUGCUUAAAAAUACAGAUCAUAAUCUUUAAUAUCUAAAAUUUACUAUUUGCAACACAGGAAAAAGUAUCUACAGCCAGGGUUUCUGAUUGUGGUGUGGAUUGAAGCGAGGGGUCACGGGUGCAGAGGGCUGCUGCAGAGCUGUGCUGUGCGCCUCUGCCCAGAAGGGGGCCUCGCUGUUCCACCAGAAGCACAGGGCCAGGCCCUGGCUGCCGAGCAGAGUCCUCUCGCUUGCCUCUCCAGUGGAUUUGUUUCCUUGAUGCAAAGCAUCUGUAUUUGUUGAUUCUGCCAUUUGAGCGAUGUCUCUGACUUGUUUGUUUUGAAUUACAUUACGGGCUGGAAUGUAAUUGUGGUAGAAGUAUUUUUAUAUCGCUGAGAGUAGCAGCUAAUCACAGUUACAUGGUUCAGAGGAUUUAUAAUUGCUAGCUUUUGUAAGCGUGCAUUUUAACCGCAUUUGCAAAGUUUUAUGGAGAACAAUAUGCAUGAUUUUAAAUCUAUAAUAAUGUUGCCUGCACCUUCUCUGUAGUUUUUCCUAUUUUAAAAAUUGUCUUCUCAUUAAAUUUUAGUGCCUUGA